GCGUAGUUAUGACUCCCACUGACAGCCCACCACUGUACCACCACCACUCGACCUGAUCUCGAGACAUGUUUGAGUGACGGGAGAAACGUGGUCAUCACCAACACUCCUGCACACUUCCCUUUUGCAUCUGACAUGAAAUGCUCGGGGUCAAACUCUUCAACUGGCCCCGAGCCAGAUUAACAUUAGGUCCGCACCUUACACAUGCGCCUGGCCGCCGCUGGUUGUCCAAAGCCACCUCCUCCAACCCAGCCAGAGGACCACCCAUAUGGAGGCCAACAUCGGUCCUUGACGAUUGGGUCGAUCGACCAGUUCGUCCCAUCAGUUUACGACAACUCUUCUUCUUUGGGCGCACCUUAACAGAGAGUCGCUUGCUCAGUUCAGCCAACUAUGUCCGCACCGAGCUGCCUACACGGCUGGCGCACCGGCUUCGAGAGAUGCAACGGCUGCCCUACGUUGUCGUCACCAACCCUAACCUCUCCAUGGUCUACGAGCUCUACUACAAAUCAUUUGAAAGCUUCCGCCGCUUCCCAGUCAUAAGAACAGUGGAGGAGAAUGAUGCCUUCUGCAAGGUGAUUGGGGAUAAUCUAAAAGAACAUCUAUCUGUCAUACCCAACCUGGUCGUGGGCGUUCUCGAGUGUCAGGACCUUGUGUCACCAGACACCAUGGACAACUUUGUUCAGGCCAUGUUGAGAGCUCGCAUUUCAAGGCGGGUCAUUGCUGAACAACAUCUCGCUCUCACUGAGACCUAUAACUCACCAUGGCAUGUGGCUCAACCGAGCUCAGAGAACGAAUUCGUUGGCGAGGUGCUCCUCAGGUGCAACGCCAAAGACGUUAUCGAGAGAUGCGGUCGACUCACACAGGAUAUGUGUCGAAGCCCUGAUGGCUCCGGCCCACAGGUACCAGAAAUCAAGAUCCUCGGCCACACGACAGCCACAUUUCCAUACGUGCUCAGCCAUCUCGAAUACAUCAUUGGAGAGUUGUUGCGGAAUUCUCUACAGGCGGUCAUGCAUCGAUUUAGUGAUCCCCAACAGACACCUCCACCGGUAGAGGUCUUGAUCUGUGAAGCACCACAGAACGUGGUGAUCCGCAUCUCCGACCAGGGUGGAGGUAUCCCACGCGACAUCAUUCCGUUUCUGUGGUCUUUUAAUAAAGGGCCUAGAAGUGCCUCAAGACUACAGAAUUUCAAGGAUGUGCCAACCUUGGCAGCGACCAUGCAGGAAAUUCGACUCCCCUCGAGCGAGAGGGUGAGCACAAAGUUUCGGGACUCGUCUCUCAGUAGUCUCACUUCCAGACCACCCGAUUUCCGACUAGGAAUGGGAUUGCCCAUGAGCCGUGUCUAUGCCGAGUACUGGGCUGGUGGGCUGGAGCUACACAGUCUAGAAGGGUACGGCGUGGACGCCUUCUUGCAGAUUUCCAAGCUGGGAAACCAGAACGAACAAUUGACGUCGCGAGCGAGUAUGGAUGCAGUUUAGAGCAUUAAUGUCGACUCGGAGGUCAUUUCAUUCAACUAGCAAAACAUGUACAAGGUCGUCGCUAUAGACCUGUGGAACUGACAACAUGGGAUAUGAACCAUUUCAAUGGAACAGUUCAAGACGUCUCUGUGCAAUGACUAACCAGUCAGAAACAGGUUUUCAAGAUUUGAGAGUAUGUAUAUGGUCACCAGAGCGGUUUCGAGAACGGUCAGACAUUGCCUUUAACCUCAUACCCUGCCAGCAAGCAUCUUGCAUUGCAAGAAGCAUAGACACAAGCGUCGCGCGGCUGGGUUUUCGGUUUACCAGAGGUGAUAUUCUCAUCAGACGUUCGGGGGACAAAGUCAAGGGCAAGAAGACAAGGAGGCAAGAUGGACACACAUUUUAAAGAAUGACUCUCUCUGGAGGUGGAUGUGGAUGAUAGAAUGGGCGAGUUUUCACGUCAUGUUCCGUCAAUCAGGUCAUCACCGCAUCAUGGCAGCCAUGGGGCCCUCGUGAUGAUGGUUUUAGAUGCGGAUUGUGUAAUGACACAUUGGUCUCGACACACUCAUCGGAGUCGCCAGCUUCACGGUGACGAGGAUUGCAGCUGAUGAUGAUUUGAGUUGGUGGUCUAGAGGAGAGAAAAGAAAGGAUUGAAGUGUGAGAGUGCGAAGGAAAAAGAUGUUGUCCAGGGAGGGGCCAGGCCUAUUUGGGAUUAGCUUAAUACGGCGACUCUUUUUGUCGCGUGCUGCAAUUCCAAGGGCAGGCGUGGCAGGCAUGGCAGGGCAAAUCUGCUCUGCAGUAGUAGUACGGUGUAACUUUUAAUGCGUCCAGCAUUAAAUAAUUGUUAGCGAGCCUGAGGUGCCCAGGUGUGAGGGCCCUCGGGCCAUUUGAC